AUGAGAAAAUAUUAUUUCUUACUUUGUAUUACCCAAGCCUUAGUUUUUUUGGUGCCGGUUAUAUUAGCUCGGACAUCCACCUUCGCAACCACACCCAACAAUGCAGAUUUAGAAGAGAAUACAGCUAAAAUCCCUGCGAAGAUCCUUACAGCAAAGAUCGCCAAUCAAACCGAAGGAUCUUUACCCGGAUCAAAUUCAACAAGGAGGGACCUGCAUGCUUGUCAAGCAGCAAACCCAAUAGACAAGUGCUGGAGGUGCAAACCCGAUUGGGCAGAAAAUCGUCAAGCAUUAGCAGAUUGCGCCCUUGGUUUUGCAAAAGGAACAACAGGUGGCAAAGGUGGUGAAAUCUAUGAGGUGACUGAUCCUUCGGAUGACGCUUGUGACAAACCAAAGGAAGGGACACUUCGUUUUGGAGUUACGAGAGACAAACCUUUAUGGAUCAUCUUCACCAAAGAUAUGGUGAUCACGCUGAAACAUGAGCUCGUGAUAUGUAAUGACAAGACAAUUGAUGGUAGGGGUGCCUCUGUCGAGAUUGCUAAUGGUGCAGGUCUUACAAUUGGGAAUGUCAAGAAUGUCAUUAUUCAUGGAAUCCAUAUCCACCAUAUAAAAGUAACGGAAGGUGGUGUGAUUAGUGAUUCAGAGACACAUUCUGGGCAAGAGCAAAAAAACGAUGGUGAUGGUAUCUAUAUUUAUGGUUCUUCCAAGAUAUGGAUCGACCAUGUGACACUCAAUGAUGGCCCGGAUGGACUUAUAGAUGUCACAAACGCCGCCACUUGUGUAACCAUUUCCAACUGCAAAUUCACCAGUCAUAACAAAGUCAUGUUGCUAGGGGCAGAUAUAACACAUACUCAAGACAAAAAUAUGCAAGUCACUGUCGCAUACAAUAAGUUUGGAGAAGGAUGUAUCCAAAGACUACCUAGGUGUCGAUAUGGUUUUUUCCAGGUAGUUAACAAUGACUAUAACAAAUGGCAAAUGUAUGCUAUUGGUGGGAGUAGUGACCCUACUAUCUUGAGCCAAGGCAACCGUUUUUUGGCUCCUGAUGUGGCUAAAUCGAAACAGGUGACACAAAGGCAUGAUGCCCCUGAGGAAGAGUGGAAGAACUGGAAAUGGAAAUCGCAAAAUGACACUUUCCUAAAUGGAGCCUUUUUCGUACCAUCAGGUGGUGAGUGGGAACCAACCCCUGAACAGAGCGCCGGUCUGAUUCCACCUUGCCCUGAACCUGUUGAGGCACUCACUUGUGAUGCUGGCAAACUCACAUGCACGCCUGGCCAGCCUUGUUAAGCAUCUAAAAAGAAAAAGAAAAAAAAACAUAUUAAUGUUCUGACUUUUGAAGGUCGAACAAAGGAAUGACGCUCGUGAUGAAGAGUGGAAGCAUUCAUAUUAAUCGGGAAAUGA